AUUCCCGCUUUCUAUCCAUCAAACGAGUGCAGCGCUUACCGCGUAAUAAAAAAAAUGCCAAGAUGGCAACGCAAGCGAUUCUGUUAAAUGUAGAGGCAUCUUUUUACGUUUGCUAAUUAAUAUUUUUAAACACGACACUGGGAAAAUUUAUCGUAUGGAACAAUAUAGAUUUCUAGCUCGAUUAUUAGAUAAAUUAUUUGGUUUCUUAAAUAGGUUAAAUCUAUGAGAAACAGAGGAGUGUAUCAUAUAGCAUAUCGACGCCUCGACGCAUAAUUGUUGGAAAAUUUUCUUUUCAGUAAUUAUUCUUCUCAUUUGGUUUUGAAUAAUUUACCAUUAAAUACAAUGGAUCCUCGAAUACACAGAAGAUCAGAACCAGAAAAGGGACCGGGUGAUUUGUUAUGAAAGCACUUAUUGCUAGUUGCUGAAGAAUACAAAAAUGACUUUAUUCAUUAAACCUCGCAGGUAGUCGAAUGGUUGAACGAAGCCUCUUUAAGUUCAGGAGAAGAUGUUAAAGUUACAAAUUUAUCUAAAGUCCAAGAAAUAUUAGUAAAUAAAGAACCACAAUUGCUUCCGUUAUAUUUGGACGAAGCAUUGCAAUUCUCUUUAGAUAGGAAUGCAGAAGUUAGGAAAACGAGUAAAACAACCAGAAGUAAUUCCGCGCGUUGUUCAGAUACUCCUGAGAUUAGUUUCCGACGAAUCAUCGGCUGUUGCUAAAAGAGCUCUUAGAGCUAGCGGUAGAAUAUUGAGAGCUGCAUUAAAAUGGAUAGCUAGCGCUAGUGCUGUUACACCUGAAAUGGAAGUGGCAUGGAGUCAACUUAGUGCCCUUAAAAUUCAGAUUAUUAAUAUGAUUGAUAGCGAUAAUGAUGGUAUUAGAACGCAAGCUGUAAAAUUUCUUGAGGGUGUUGUUUUGAUACAAACGUACCCUGACCCAGAUUCUCCAAAAAAACCAGACGAUUUCUCUUUAGAGGAUAUUCCAUUAACGUUAAAAAUAGCUAGAAGAAGAAAAUUAGAAGAAGAAGCUAACGAUGUAAUGGAUUUAUUAAUUAAAUUUCAUGGAUCUCCGCAUGUUAGUAGCGUCAAUUUAAUGACGUGCAUGGGAUCUCUGGCCCUAAUUGCUAAAACAAGACCUCAAUUUAUGCCAGGUGUAAUACAAGCUUUACAAAGGUUGCAACAUGAUUUACCACCAACGUUAUCCGAUUCUCAGGUAACCAGUGUACAGAAACAGCUAAAAUUAACUUUACUAGGAUUAAUGAAACAUCCUGCUAGCAUAGAAUUUGCAUCUAUGAUAGCUAAACAGUUAACACAAUUAGGUGCAAAAGAGCAGGAAAUAAUUAAGGCUUAUCCGAAACCUGAAGAUAUUAGACGUAUAAAAAAGCGUCAGCAAGAAGCCGCGGCUGCUUCUGCCGCAAAACGUGUUAAAAUUGAAGCUCCAUUAAUACCGGAUGAAUCGGAAAUUGUAUCCAAUACAGUAUCCACUCCAAAACUACCGGAAUUGAUCGAGCUUUCGGAAAGUUUUAUCACCGAAAGACUAAGCGUGGAAAUUGCUACGGAUUUAGUCAUGGAUAGCAUGGCUUGGGUCCCAGACACGAUGACAACAAUAUUUCAAAGAGAAUACCAACCUACUUCCACAACUGAUAUAAAUAUUCAACGUCAGACGAUUGCUAAAUUACUAGCGACGCAAAUAAAACAAGCUAAAACGAAGAAGAAAAAAGAAGCUAAAGAUGAAGAUGCCGUAAUGGAAGAUUUGGUGAAAAAUCCAACCAUUAGCGUAGCUGAAGCAAAACGGGAACGAAAGCGUGAAAAAGACCGAGAAAAGGAAAAAGAAGCAAAAGCUUCUUUGGAGGCUCAUGAGAAAUCACUCGCGAAAACAAGAACCCGCUUAAAAGCUUUAAAAUUGUCUGAAGUUACAAAACCGUUAUCGAAAGAAGUGAAAGAAAAAAUGUUAUUAAUGGCAGUCAAUAGAAUUCUACUUUCUGAAAAAACAGCUGUAUUUGGCGGUGUAGCGGCCGUAAGAUCAAAGAUUUUAACUACUUUGGCUGCAACAUUUAAUCCGUACAUUAAGGAAGCAGUAUUACGUUAUAUUACCGAUGAUAUGAGAAAUCGUUUGGAUUUAGCCUUAGGUUGGCUAUACGAAGAGUACGCGUUACUACAGGGUUUCCAAAGACGAACUACAUUAUGCACGAAGCCUCAAGAAGCACCACACCAAGCUUAUAAUUUUCUGCUGUGCACUUUAGUGUCCGCGAUAGACUUAGUCCAAGGCAAGGAUCGCGAUACGUUACUAUGCAGAUUAUACUUGGAAGCUCCUUUAAUUACCGAAGAUGCUGUUGAGGCUUUAAAAAUGGUUUCUUCCGACGAAACAAGAGGAUUAGCACCGUUGCAGUUGUUAAAAGACAUGGUUGUUCGUAGACCGACGAAACAAUUAGUUUUCUUAAACGUGUUACUAUGUCAUACCGGUCAUGAAAACAAUACGAUAAGAGAAGCUGCAAUAGACUUAGUUUGCCAGCUGUAUAGUCGUCCUGAAUUAAGUAAACUUAUAGAAGAGUAUGCAGUUCUUUAUUUAGGUUUCUUACGACUUCAUACUCCACCUGAAAUCGUUUUCGGACAAGACAGAGGUAGACCGCAAGUGGAAACUCAAUGGACUGAGUCUACUACAAGAGCUUGUCUUGGAUUGUAUCUUGCUUUAUUGAGCGAGCAUCAAGAUUUAAUUCAUGAGCUGGCGAGAGUUUAUACGUCAAUGAGCGCGGAUGUGAAACGCAUGGUUCUUAGACUAGUAGAAGGACCUGUAAGAUCUUUAGGAAUGGGUAGUCCACAGUUAUUAGCAUUAGUCGAAAAUUGUCCUAAAGGUGCCGAAACAUUAGUUACAAGAAUUAUUCAUAUUCUUACAGAAAAAUCCGCACCAAGUGCCGAAUUAGUAGCAAGGGUACGAGAGCUUUAUCAGACUAGGGUUUCGGAUGUUCGGUUUUUAAUACCAGUUUUGAACGGUUUGACGAAGAAAGAAGUCAUUUCUGCCCUUCCGAAACUUAUCAAAUUAAAUCCUAUUGUUGUCAAAGAGGUAUUCAACAGGCUAUUAGGAACUCAUAAUAAUGACAGUGGUGUACCUCAUACAUCUCCUAUUACACCUGCAGAAUUAUUAAUAGCUUUACAUAAUAUAGAUCCAAGUAAAGCGGAAUUAAAAACAGUUAUAAAAGCUACGUCUCUGUGCUUCGCGGAAAAACAAGUAUAUACGCAAGAGACUGUAGCUGUAGUAAUGCAACAUCUUAUGGAAAUGACACCACUUCCUACUCUGUUAAUGCGAACAGUGAUACAAAGUUUAGCAUUGUACCCAAGAUUAAGUGGAUUCGUUAUGAAUAUACUGCAACGGUUAAUUCUGAAACAAGUUUGGAAACAGCCAAAAGUCUGGGAGGGUUUCGUGAAGUGCUGUGAACGUACACAACCACAGAGUUUUGCUGUUAUUUUGCAGCUUCCACCGGCACAAUUAGCAGAAGCGCUGAAGAUGGCCAGUAAUCUAAGGGCACCCUUAUUAGCACACGUUGAAGCUUUUGCUGAAAAUCAGAAAGCACACAUUCCGCAAUCCAUAAUGGAUGUUAUUCAGGGUAAAUCACCUUGUGACAUGCAUGAUGAAUUUGAUAUUGCACCACCCGGUGAUUAUCCGAUCGAACAAAAACCAGAUACAAUGGAAACUGAUGUUUCAGAACCAGCCCCCCCUGGUUUAGAUUAGCAUAAACUCAUUCCAGUGUUGGGAUCUGAAUCAUCACCUACCGAUUGUCCCAACUUUAAUGAAUUCACAUUGUAAAUCAUGAAUUGUUUUCCCUACUUACUGAUAAUCUGAAACGUUGGAUCCACGUAUUUUCUGAACAACACGAAAAAUGUACAUAUUUUUAUUUAGAAUUUACUAAAGAUUUAAUUAAUUUUAUGAACAUGACAAACUACUCUAUAAUUUAGAUUUUGUAAAUAGUUCGCACAUACUUAGAUGUACAUACACACAAACAUACGUGCAUACAUAAAAGUGGUACUGUCAUAGCAAUGUAUAUUUUUAAUCACAUUAUAGUGAUUCUUAUUAUCGAUGCAUUUUCGUAUUUAUAAAAUGCACAAUUAUUUUUUCUACUUAACAAAGAAUUUAAUACAAUUAGUAACGAAUAACGUAUUUAUUUAUUAAUAUUCGGCAUUCUCUCUACAAAAAUGUCAACAAGGCAUUACGAUUCGUUAUAAAUGUACAUAUAUACACAUACAUUGUAUAUAUAUUUCGAAAUUUUUUAAGAUUGAACCCAAAGUAUAGUUUAUUGUAUAUGAAAAAAUAUAUUUCAUCGCAUUAAAUCACCAUACAUGUAUAAGAUUUAUAUUGCGUUUACAAUUUUUGUAUAUGACUUAUAGAUAUCAUACGCUUAACAGUAAGUAUAAAAAUUUUAGUUAUUACUUUAUACCUAAAUGUUAAUUAUGCCAUAUACUUUUCAUAUUAAAUAGCAAAUUAUUUAUAAGAUAUUCAUAGCUAAUUCAAUGUAUGUACAUAUACGUAUGUAACAAAGUACGUACGUACCAGGUUUCAUAUCACAUUCAUGAGACAAAAAGGUA